AUGCAAGAGCGAGGUUCCGAAAGUCUCUACUUGCUGUUUGGAUUUUGUGAUCCCCAGCCAAUUUUGAAGGUGCUACGACUCCGUUGGGCUACUGCCGUUUCCAUGGUGCAGUCUGCUGAUUUGUUAUCGCUGUUGACACAACCAUUAUUGGGAGCCAUUAUUCAUUGUGAAAAUGCACAUUCUGAAUUGUAUAAUGCUGAUGCGCCAUUUAACAUAAUCCCUGAUUAUGACUGGAGAACUAAUGUUCCUCAGCACCCCACAAUGGGUCACAAAUCAUCUGCUUUGCAUAAUGCGGAGGAAAUAUUUGGUCCAGUGCUUCUCUUAAUGAAGGCAGAGAGCCUAGAUGACGCCAUCCAAAUUAUAAACAGAAACAAGUAUGGCAAUGGGGCUUCCAUAUUUACAACAUCUGGUGUCUCCGCCAGCAAAUUUCAAACAGACAUUGAAGCUGGCCAGGUGGGCAUCAACGUGCCGAUUCCAGUUCCCCUGCCAUUCUUCUCCUUCACGGGAAGCAAAGCUUCAUUUGCAGGAGAUUUGAAUUUCUACGGCAAGGCUGGCGUGCAGUUCUUCACCCAGAUCAAGACGAUCACGCAGCAGUGGAAGGAGUCGCCCGCGCAGCGAGUCUCCCUCUCCAUGCCCACCUCUCAGAAGUGA